AUGGGGCGCGAGCAGGAGCUGAUCCAGGCCGUGAAGAACGGGGACGUACCUGGCGUGCAGAAACUGGUGGCCAAGAUCAAAGCGUCCAAGAGCAAGCUCCUGGGAUCUGCCAAGCGCCUGAACGUGAACUACCAGGAUGCGGAUGGGUUCUCAGCGCUGCACCACGCAGCCCUGGGCGGCAGCCUGGACCUCAUCUCUCUGCUGCUGGAGGCACAGGCCACCGUCGACAUCAAGGACAGCAACGGAAUGCGGCCCCUGCACUACGCGGCGUGGCAGGGCCGUGUGGAGCCCGUGCGGGUGCUGCUCCGCGCCGCCGCCUCUGUCAACAUGGCCUCGCUGGACGGGCAGAUCCCGCUGCACCUCUCUGCGCAGUACGGCCACUACGAGGUGUCGGAGAUGCUGCUCCAGCACCAGUCCAACCCGUGCCUCAUCAACAAGGCGAAGAAAACCCCGCUGGACUUGGCCUGCGAGUUCGGGCGGCUGAAGGUGGCUCAGCUGCUGCUGAACAGCCAUCUGUGUGUUGCCCUGCUGGAGGGACAGUCCAAGGAUGCCACUGACCCCAACUACACCACUCCACUGCACCUGGCAGCCAAGAACGGGCACAAGGAGAUCAUCAGGCAGCUGCUGAAGGCUGGGAUUGAGAUCAACAAGCAGACAAAGACAGGCACAGCCCUUCACGAGGCUGCACUCUACGGUAAAACAGAGGUGGUGCGGCUCCUGCUGGAGGGCGGAGUCGAUGUGAACAUCAGGAACACCUACAACCAGACAGCCCUGGACAUUGUCAACCAGUUCACCACCUCACAUGCCAGCAAAGACAUCAAGCAGCUGUUGAGAGAGGCAUCAGGAAUCCUGAAGGUCCGAGCUUUGAAGGACUUUUGGAACCUCCAUGACCCAACUGCUCUCAACGUCCGAGCAGGAGACAUCAUCACGGUCCUGGAGCAGCAUCCAGAUGGCCGAUGGAAGGGGCACAUCCACGAUGCUCAGAAAGGCACCGAUCGGGUCGGGUACUUCCCUCCCUCCAUUGCUGAAGUCAUCAGCAAGCGGACAGGCAUGGCUGUCCCCCGUGUGGCACCCGCGCAGCAGCGCCAGGGUCCCCCCGGGGCCCUCCUGCCCCCCCCUGGGGGGCUGCAGCAUCUCCCUGAUGAGUGUCCACACCCGGCAGCCCCGAGCGGCCCGGCAGCCUUUGGUCACCUCACCCUAACCCGGACAGCCCCAGGCCCUGACAGCUCAGCAGGAGACAGGAACAGCGUGGGCAGCGAGGGCAGCAUCGGCAGCAUUCGCAGCGCUGGCAGCGGCCAGAGCACCGAGGGCACCAAUGGGCAGAGCACCAGCAUCCUCAUCGAGAAUGCCAGGCCUCUGCCCUCCACCGGUGACAACCUCCAGCAACACCUUUUGGGAUCAGAACCACACAAUGGGACCUCCCCAGCAGGGCCACAGGGCCUCCAGACCCCAGGCAGCUGCCCCCCUGGAGACAGGGUCUUCUCCCACCAGUUCUUACGUCCUGAGCAGCUUCUUGAGGGGAAGGAUGCAGAAGCCAUUUACAACUGGCUGCGUGAGUUCCAGCUGGAGUCAUACACUGUCAACUUCCUCAACGCUGGCUACGACGUCCCCACCAUCAGCCGCAUGACCCCGGAGGAUCUGACAGCCAUUGGCGUGACCAAGCCAGGCCACAGGAAAAAGAUCUCCACAGAAAUCGGGCAGCUCAGCAUUGCUGAGUGGCUGCCCAACUACAUCCCGGCCGACCUGAUGGACUGGCUGAGUGCCAUUGGGUUGCCCCAGUACCACAAAAAACUGGUGAACAAUGGCUACGAUUCCAUCACCAUCGUGACGGACCUGACAUGGGAGGAUCUGCAAGAGAUUGGCAUCAACAAGCUGGGCCACCAGAAGAAGAUCAUGUUGGCUGUCAAGAAGCUCAGAGACCUCCGCAAAAGCCUCAACCAAGCAGAAGCAACUCUGGCUAGACGCAAAAUCCCCGGUUCCCUGGACAUUGUCACCAUUGAGUCGCUGGAGAACGGCGAGUGCCAGUCCCCACACACGCCCAAAAUGACAACCUUCCAGGACAGUGAGCUCAGCUACGAGCUCCAGACAGCCAUGUCCAACAGCUGCCACGACACACUCGGCAUCAAGAGCAGCCAGGGAAUGUCACGGAGCCAGGAGAGCAUCGGGGUGCGGUCACGGGGCUCAGGGCACUCACAGGACAACAUGCUGUCCCGACGGCUCUCCAGCCCCUCGCAGGAGAGCCUGGGCAGCGGCGAGAGCAGCAGCAGCAGUGGCCAGUCCUGUGCACCCCCCCGCAGCAAGGAGAGCCCAGCCAGCCUGCCCGGCCGGCCCAGCACCGAGCCCUAUGGGAAGCUCGUGUCCCCCGAGGGGCUGAAUGGCUUUGCCAACGGUGGUGGGGGCAGCCCUCUCAAGGAGAGGAACCUGCCCGAAGGCACGGAUCAGUACACACGACCUGUGGCUCAGAAAGGAGCUGGGACUCCAGCAGGCACUCCCUGUACUCCUCCCCAGACACCCAGCAAGGGAACAGCCCCUUACGUCUUCAUGUACCCACACGUCUCCCUGAAAUCCCCAACGACCCCGUCUGUCCUGGGAGCAGAGCAGCCCAAGGCCCUGGCACACCCAUACCCCUCCGUCUCCCCUGGACAGAAGAGCAGCCUGCAGACGUCAGCCCAAAAAGGCUUCUCCUACCUGCACGGCCAGUGCGGCCCCACGGAGCCACCUAGCACAGCCCCCACGGCCAGGGAGCAGCACAACGGGGGCGAAGGCUUGAAACACAAGAAGCGCUCGCAUAGCCUGAACCGCUACGCGCUGUCGGAUGGGGAGCACGAGGAGGAGGAGGGGACCCCCAGCAGCACCCUGGGCUCCUAUGCCACACUGACACGGCGGCCGGGCCGCAGCCAGAUGCCACGGGCCUGUCUGCAGGCGGACGCCAAGGUGACCCGCAGCCAGUCCUUCGCCAUCCGGGCCAAGCGCAAGGGCCCUCCACCGCCGCCUCCCAAGCGCCUCAGCUCCGUGUCCAGUGCCCUCGCUGCCGAGGCAGACGGAGAGCAGCCCCCCAGCCCCGAGAGGCAGCCCACAGCCACUCAGGACGUGGUUGACACAGGUGCCACCCCCAGUGAUGCCGGCCGUGGCAGGACGGUGAAGAGCCUGGCGGCUGCGCUGGAGGGAACACCAGGUGUGAGUCUGUCCAAGCCCCUCCUGGCCCCAAAACCGCUGCACCUGACUCAGGACUGUCUGCCCCGGGCAGAUGUGGUUGAGGGGUCCCACAGUGGCAGUGAUGCCAGCAGUGCCACACUCUCUGAUGGCAGCAGGGACCCUUUUGAGAGCAGCAAGCCACGGAGACGGACAGUGAGCGAGCCCAGCGCUCCUAUGACAGAGGCGGCUGCACAGCGUGAGCAGGAGGAUGCCUGCUCAGACACAGAGGAGGAGGCCAAGCCGGGGGUCUCCUCUUCAUCGUCCCAGAACAGCUCCAGUGAGUGCAUCCCCUUUGCAGAAGAAGGCAAUUUAACCAUCAAACAGCGGCCAAAGCCCAGCGGCCAUUCCAAGGCCGACGCGGCCGUACCGGACACGGAGCCUGGUUCCCAGCCGGCAGAGCCCCAGGGCUCCUGUGGGAAGGAGCCAGCAGCCCCUGCUGUGACCAAGGAGCCUCCCGUGCUAGAGUUCAACCUCACCGAGUCGGACACGGUGAAGCGCCGGCCGCGCUUCAGGGAGCGGGAGCCGCUGCAGGCCGUGCUGAAGGCGUUCAGCAUGGCGGGGCAGGUGGAGGCGGGGGGCACCCCCACACCCCAGUAUGCCCAGGCCCAGGCCGUGAGCAUCACUGGUCCCCCCGCCCCAGCACUGACACCACGGCCCACGCUGGGUGGGGAUGCCUUUGAUGAUGACAGCGUGGAGUUCAGGAUUGCCGAGAUAGAGAAAAGCAUCUUAUCACUGGAGAAAGGGAUGAAGAAGGCCCCAAGCCCCACCAAAGCCCCCAGCCCCAUAGAGCUGGUGGGAACGGCUGUGGUGAGGACACCCACUCCAGAUGUCCCUGCCAAGCACACCUCCGUGGCAUCCACCAAGCUCGUGUUCUCUGGACCCAAGACCAUCUACCAGCAGGUCCUGCAGCCCUCCCGCCACACUGUUGCUCCCUGGGCGGCCCCUGAGGCGGUGCCGGAUGUGAUUGAGUCCCUGCCCGGUCCCAGCUCGCUGAUGCUGGAAACGGGCAGCAAGGUGUCAGCAAAGCCUUUGGCAGCUGCCCCAGGGGCCACCCUGGCCCAGCAGCGGCAGGAGCAGACCAGCUCCAGCCUGGCUGCCACGCUGCAGGUGGCCGAGAAGAUCACGGUGGAGGAGGCAGAGAGCCACCCUGGGACCAUGCACUCGGCCAAGAACAUCUUGGAAGACAUCAGCAACAUGUUCGACGACCUGGCUGACCAGCUGGAUGCAAUGCUGGACUGA